UGAACCACCAACCCACCAGAUUCCUCGAACUCAAGUCCCAAUGGACGCAAUCGAUGAAAUAACCUCAAAGACGGUGGGACGAGGUGGGCCAUGCCAACAGAUCAAAGCAGACCUGACCGCAUGCAUCCUACGAUCGGAUUGCGUGCUCAAGCCUCCCUAUCGGACACCCAAGGAAUGCCUCCAAUCGCACCUCGACGAACUUCCUACCGAAUGUGCCCAUCUGAGAUACGCUUUCUUCGACUGCAAGCGCGGCCUCCUCGACAUGAGGAAACGCUUUAGAGGCUUAGAUCCGAGCCAAACUGCCACUACCCCUUCAAGUUCAAGUUCAAACUCAUGAUCAUCCCCCGCAAGCACUAAGCUACCCACACCAAGAACUUAGGCAUCCCAGUCCCAGCUACAAUGUAUAUGAAUGUAAUUUUUACCCAACAGUCAAUCAAAAAAACAAAUACAAAUUUGAUUCGAGUCAACACUCUCUUCUUUUGAUAACCGAUGAAAUUCAAAGCAAGUGUAGGUCACCUAGGUAGUAGACGGUCCAAGGUGGUACUGACAGUUUGGAAAACUCCAAAGAUCCUGAAUUGAACGCGAUUCGUCCAUCUCCCAGAGUUUUUUUCUUUCAUACCUGACCCUACGUUUAACAAUUGAG